UAUACGUCAGCCCAUUGGUCAGAGCCAGCAGUGCACCGAAACACGUCAAAGGCGAAGCUGCACUUUGGCCCGCCACGCGCCGAAUGCUGCACACUAAGCGGCGCGUUAAGACAGAGGCGCGAGACCGAGCGCGAGAGAGAGCGAGAGAGAGAGAGAAAGAGAGAGAGAGAGCGCGAGAGAUAGAGAGAGCUCAAGCGAGAGAUAGAGAUAGAGCGAGCCGGUAGAAAGACCAUUCAUCACAUUUAUUUCUUAACAAUAUAUUGAUCAUUUCCAACAGUUUGAAGCGGUUGGGCCUGCUUCAGAUGAGGCGUGUGUGUCUAACGUCAAGUUAGUGGUGCUUCCCUUGCUGAGUAUCGCCAUGAGCUGCCUGGAUGUUAUGUAUCAAGUGUACGGUUCACCGCCUCAGCCAUACUUCGCCACCGCCUACAGCCCCUACCACCACCAGAAAUUGGCGUUUUAUUCUAAAAUGCAAGAGUCCCACGACGGCGCGGGCAGAUGCAGCGCGAGCGGCUCGUUCACCAACCUGCCCUGGCCCGCGUCGAUCAAGGAGGAGGACUGCGGCCGCGACAAAGAGCCGUCACCCGAGGCUGAGUAUCUGAGCGCCAGGUGCGUGCUCUUCACCUACUUCCAGGGGGACAUCAGCACCGUGGUGGACGAGCACUUCAGCCGCGCGCUCAGCCAGUCUAGCGGCUACGCGUCCAGCGCCAACAACAGCAAAACCUCCCCCCCCCCUCUAUCUCCUUCAGACGGACCCUUCCCCAUGAACCAGAGGAGCUUCCCCCCGUCCUUCUGGAACAGCACCUACCAGUCCUCGGGGCCCUCCGGCCUGGGGGCCCCCCACGCCGAGCUCUCCUUCCGGGACCCCUACUCGGCCUCGGCCUCGCUGCACGGCCACCUCCACAGCCCAGCCCCGACGGCCUGGCACCCCUCGCACCACCACCACACCACACCACCACCCCUACUCGCUAGGGGCGCCAUCGGGGGCCAGGGCUCGGCGUACCCGCGGCCGGGCGUGCACGAGGUGUACGGCCCCGCCUUCGUACCCGCGCUACGGCUCGCUGCUAGUGCCCCUCGGUGCGCUCGCACCACCACCCGCCUGGCCGCCAGCAGCUCCGUGCCGGGGCCCGGCGGCUCGCCCUGCGACCUGGGGGGCAAGGGGGAGUCGGGGCCCGCCUCGGCCUGGAGCGGGGCCUUCGCCGGGGCCAGUCCCGACAUCGCCCUCAACAUGGACACAGGUCUUCAGACACAGGACAAGAGCAAGGACUUAUACUGGUUUUAAGAGGCUCCUGAGACUGCCCCCCUCCCCUCUGACCCCCAUCACCACACACACACGCACACAAACACACACACAUAAUCCCCCCCCCACACACACACACACUGCUCCCCUACUGCUCUCCCUCUGUGUUUCAGUUUCCUCUUCCUUCUCUGCUGCACUCGUUCUUAUUUAUUUAACUUUCAUGGACUGACAUGUCACCGACAUGGAGUGGAUUGCCCCCCCCCCCCUUCCUCCAUUUAAUCAUCUGGGGGGGGAGCACGGUGGGCUCACCCCGUUAAUGCCCCCCCCCCUGUGGUGUUGCUUGCAGCUCGGCGCUACGGUGGCGGGGGUCUCUGCGGCCCCCACAGGGGGUCCCUCCGUGGCGGCCCGGCCCUGCUGAGCUGAGGACCGGACCGCCCAGCCUUUACUGCGGACCCUGUGGAUGUACCGCGCACUAGCGCUCGCCUGGGUGGGCCCGGAGGGGGGGGGGGUCGGCACCGGGGGCCCCCCCCCCCCUUUCAAAGACAGCCUGCGUGAACCCUGACGCAAGCGGCCAACGGGAGCGGGACAUGUGUCGGAGCGGCGCAGGGAACGUCCUUCCGGCGGACCCUGCGGACACAUGGAGGGACAGAGGUGGUCCGGAG